AUGAAGAUGAUUAAAGUUGAUGAUGAGAACGAGGGUCGUUUGAACACAGAUAUUAUCUUUGAUAUUCUGUCACGUGUUCCGGCCAAGCCUUUGCUUGACAUGAAGUGUAUUUCCAGAGGAUGGCAUAACAUCAUUUCAAACCGUUCAUUCAUCAAAGCUCAACUCCAAAACACACAGCUUGAUUUAAACGGUUUCAUUGUUCAAGAUAGGUACAUGAUCAGCAAACGAGAUAUCAAAACGGUUAGUUACAUUCCGGUGGACUCCAAAAAUGCUGCCAAACUAGUUCACCACACCGUUUUCUCUUUUCUUCCCGAAGACGUUGUUGUUUUGGCAUCGUGUAAAGGAAUUGUCUGCUGCCGUAGCUGUUUGCCUUCUCCAAAUCCAACCAUCUAUCUCUGCAAUCCUUCAAAUAGAGAGUGGAUUCAAUUCAAGUGGUCUCCUCCAUGCGACAUAACUGAGAGUAUUGCACUUGCUUUUGAUUUUGAGCCAUCAAAAUUCAAAUUGGUGAGACUGAAACGCAUCCAGUUGAACAAUUAUGAAGAUGAAAAUGAGGAUGAGGAUGAUUUCUUCUUCACAUUUGAGCUGUACUGUUCAGAAACCAAAGCUUGGAGGAAAUCAACUGAGAUGUGCAAUUGCAAAGAUGAUCUGAUUAAAAACAGAGGCAUAUACAUUGGAGGAUUAUUGCAUUGGCUAACAGAAGGUGAUCAAAUCCUCACAUUUGAUGUUGAAAAGGAGAUGUCAUUACUGAUUCCAGUACCUGUUCCUCUUGAAAAUGAGUUUAGGACUGUUGCAGCGUGUAUCGGAGAAUAUGAAGGAAGACUUCAUUAUGUUCAGGUAUCAGAACAAGGUCUUCAUGUGUGGUGCCUUGAAGAUUUGUAUGAGUUUAAAUGGAUACUCAAGGAUUGCAAACUUUUGGAGAAUUUUGAAGCAGAGUAUCCGCGCUUCUUUUUCAAUUUAAAGAAUAGAGUAUUGGAGAGUGAGGAUACAACAAAUCCAUGGAUGAAUCCUCUUGGUUUCAAAGAUGGGAAAUUGCUAAUCAAGGUGGCCGCAGAGUUGUACAUCUAUGACAUGAAGAAAGACAAGAUGGUUCAUGCUUGUUCUUUUUUGCAACUCAAGCCACAAUCCAUGUCGCAUCCCACGGUGUUUCCUCUUUCCCUGACUUUGGUUUCCCUAAAAGAUGCUUAG